UUUUCAGUUUACAAGGGAGUAUCUAGGGUUUCAAAGCACUAUUUGCGAUGAAAACAUCCCGACGCAACACACAAUCUCCGGUCUCAGUUGGAAACUCAGAGACGAUCCCUAUUGAUCUCAUCAUCGAAAUACUCUUGAGGUUGCCGGCGAAGUGGAUACCUAAAUGUUGCUGUGUAUCCAAGUCUUGGGCUUACGUACUCGGCCGUGAAUAUUUCACGGAGCUUUUCAUCACCAGGUCUCGAGCUCGUCCGCAUAUCUUGCUCUCUUGCAUAGAAAACAGUGAAGAGUCGUUGUUAUUCUCGAUACCUCAAGUCCAAAAGCCAGAUGUUAUAGCCGCCAAUUAUAUUAUGAGGUUGCCUUCUACACAUUACUCUGAAAAUAUUGGUUCUCUCUGCGGUUUAGUCUGUUUUACACAUCUUAAGUCUCGUAAAAAGCCGGUGAUAUGUAACCCUAGCACAAGACAAUUCUUAACUUUACCCCACGUGAAGACCAAGAGUGUUGUGGUGAACAGUUUUCUUGGGUUUGAUCCAAUUGAUAAACAAUUCAAGAUAUUGUCCAUGACCUCGAGGACUCAUAUAAAUUGUGAAGAGUAUCAAGUUCUGACUUUAGGGACUAAGAAAAAGAUGUCUUGGAGAAUGAUCGAAUGUUGCAUACCCCAUUCUUAUGUUCAAAAUGAUGGGAUAUGCAUCGAUGGUGUUAUAUAUUAUGUAACUAUGGCCAAUUGGCGUCCAAGGGCUAUUAGUAUAAUUUGCUUUGAUAUUAGGUCUGAGAAGUUCAAAGUUAUUAAUAAAGCUAACGAGAUGUCACUAUGGAGUUUAUCAACUCUUGUAAAUUACAAGGGUACAUUAGGUGCUCUUUUGUCUGAAGGGUGCGCCAAAGUUACCAGAGAAACUAAAUGUUUUGAGCUGUGGGUUUUAGUAGAUGCUGAUAAACAUGAAUGGUCGAAGCAUAUAUCCAUUUCGCUGCCCCUGUUGUGGAAGGAUAUAGUUGCAGAGGUCAGGAUAUAUUUUGUUGGAGUGACUGGUACAGAUGAAAUCGUGUUGUCGCCAUGCUAUUUAUCUUGUUUAUCCUAGCCUUAUUGUUUCCAUGUUUACUACUACAACAUCGAGAGCAAUAUAAUCAGAAGAGUUGAAAUCCAAGGAAUGAAUGCGUUUAGGGAUUGUAAAAUUCGCCUCUCUCUAAACCAUGUAGAGGACG